CGAGUCAGAGUGAACUGAGUGGAGACCAGGAGCCGAUGAGAUGAAGAAUGAAGCGUGGCUGCAGCCGACAUCUCAUCGGUCAACUGCUGGACUAAUACUGCCACUCUGGACAUGAUUCACCUGCACUGGAUGGUACCUGUGUCACAUGACCUCGUCUGUGUGUUAGCCCGGGUUGAAAUGCACCAUGUUUACCUUCUGUUAACGGGACAGACAAACGAUGCUCCCAGGAUGUUUGAUCCUUGGACUGUUGUGGAGGAUUGGAAAGGUCCAGACCUUCACUGGACCCAGCUGUGCCGUGGAGCUAACAGAGGUCAGGACCACCUGGGAUUCAGCAGUGGUUUGGUUGACUGCUGCCUGUCCAUCACCUGACUUCACAGCCUUCAUGGAUGCAGGCUCUGGGCCAACCGCGGUCCGCUGUGAUCAGGAUGGAAACAAUGGAUAUAUGUUUAUCUGCAACAUGACAGAGCUACAACCAGGAACUUUGUAUGAACUAAGGGUGAUCUCUGGGAAGGAUGAGGAGGGAAGCCUCGGCUCAAUGCGCACAGUCCCAGUUGGUCCAGCUCAGCUUGAGGUCCAGUUGGACCCUGAAAGCAUGGCUUCAGUUUAUGAAGGAUCCUCUGGGCUGCGAGUCCUCUGGUYUCUCUCUGAAGGACAUGUGGACUGGUAUAAUGUAACUCUGGAAGACGUCCACUCCGGUAUGGUUCGUAGCAACAGAGUCAUGGGUUCUGCAGCUCCCCAGUCUUGUUUCACCUCCCUCGUCCCAGGAACUCUGUACAACAUCAGUGUGUUGGCCAUAUCUGGGAACAAGACUGCUGCACCUGUGCACACCAUUGCAGUAACAGCCCCUUCAGCGGUGGAUGGCCUUCAAGUAGCAUCCUCAUCUUUAGACAGCCUCGGUGUGCUCUGGCGGCCUGGCCCAGGACGGGUGGAAAACUUUAAGGUCCUAGUGAUGGACCAGGAUGGGUUUCUCCUGAGAAACAUCACUUUGACGAACACUAUGAUCUACACCAAGCUGGAUGGGCUGCAGCCAGGGACACCGUACAGGGUCACCKUGGUAACAAAUGCUGCUGGCCUGCAGAGCUCUGCCUCCAUCCAGGCCUACACUGUCCCAGCAGCUGUGUCAGAUCUGAUUAUCAACAACGAUGGCAGCUCAGAGAGUCUCCGGGCCUCCUGGACCGCACCUGAAGGGGGUGUGGACUUUUUUACGGUGACCCUGUGGGCUUCAGGUUUGACCCCUGAGCAACGAAUCCUAGCCCCCAAUGUCACCCAACUGGUGUUUGAGGGUCUAACCCCUGGAUGCCGCUACCAGCUGUCUGUCAACUCAUCAGCAGGAGGCCUGAGUUCGGAGAGCAGGACUGAAGGAAGGACAGUUCCUGACCAGGUGUCCACCCUCUCCAUGUCCAUUGACAGCAGCAAGCUGCAACUCAGCUGGUCUCCCCCCAGAGGCGACUGGGAGUACUACAGCGUUCUGUUGACAGAUGGCCCUGCUGUUCUAUUUAAUAGGACCGUCAGUAAAAAGAGCAGAGAGCUUCUCGUGUCCGUCCAGAGCCUCGGUUUAGUUCCAGGACGGCUCUACUCUGCAGAGUUCGUGGUGCACAGCGGCRGUUUGAGUAACACAGCCCACUGCAGCAGCAGACUAGCACCUCGUCCUGUGCAGCAGCUUGUCCUCCAUCAUGCUGAUGAGACGUCUCUUAGUGUGCAGUGGAGACAGCCUGUUGGACGUUGGGACAGCUUCACGGUGCUUCUCACAGAUGAGGACCUYGCYACUCCUGACACUCAGAGGAUCCUCAGUGGUGGAUCCAGAGAGUGCACCUUCAAAGGCCUCACCUCAGGACGCCGCUACACUGUUACCGUGAAAACUAGCAGCGGUAACCUGAGCAACUCUGACUCCCUGACUGCAUGGACCACACCAGCUCCAGUCAGCGGGCUGCAGGUUUUCAACCUCGACAGCACCAACAGCCUGCAGGUUCAGUGGGAACUGGCUUCUGGAGACCAAGACUCGUACCAAGUUCUGCUGGUCCGUGACAGCAGCGUCAUCAAGAAUAAGAGUGUCGCAGGCAACAUCAGCAGCAUAAGCUUCCGGAACCUGAGACCAGGAGCACAGUACAAGGUGGUGGUCACCACCAUCMGAGCCGGACACACUUCCAGACAGACUGUGGCCGAAGGACGCACAGUACCAGCGGCGGUCACUGAUGUUCGGAUCAGUAACAAUGGUCGCACGGAUUUCCUCACCGUGUCCUGGAAUCAGGCUGCAGGUGAGGUGGACAGUUACUUGGUAACCCUGAGUGACCGUGACAGGACACUACACAGCCUGGCCGUGUCAAAGUUCAACCCUGGCUGCAUCUUCAACUCGCUGGUAUCUGGACGCCUCUACAACAUCUCCAUCACCAGCUGCAGUGGUCGCUACAGAAACCACACCUUCAUCCAGGAGAGAACACAGCCCUCAAAAGUGCAGAACCCCACGGCGACUCAUGGUGCUCGGGAUGACUCCCUGAAGGUUUAUUGGCGUCAUGCUGCUGGAGACCUUGACUUCUACCAGGUGUUCAUCAAACACAACAACACCUUCCUGCAGAACAAGACAGUCCAGAAGACACAUAGCGAGUGUGUGUUCACUGGGCUGGUACCAGGACGGCUCUACACAGUACUAGUGAACACCUGGAGUGGUUCUUACGAAGCCAGUGCGUCCACCCAUGGAAGAACCUUCCCAGCAGCGGUCCAAUCUCUCAGUCUUGCGGGACGGGGGACUGAGGACCUUCGGGUGAUGUGGUUGGCAGCUCCAGGUGAUGUGGAUCACUAUGAGGUGCAGCUGCUGUUCAGUGACAUGAAAGUGUUUCCACCUCUCACUCUGGGCAGUGGGGUGRGGGAGUGUGUCCUGUCAUCACUCACACCUGGGCGACUCUACAAAAUCCUAGUUUCAACCUUCAGCGGUCCAAAUCAGAGGGCCCAGUUCAUAGAGGGUCGAACAGUCCCUAGUAAGGUGAAGAACAUCCAUGUUAACGGUGACAGCAGUCAUCUGAAGGUGAGCUGGACUCCUGGGCCGGGUGAUGUGGAUGGAUACUCAGUCUUUUUGUACAGAGAGAGUCGAGAACUGGCUGUCCAAGCUGUGCACAAGCACCAAAAUGAGGUGACGUUUGACUGGCUGCAGCCAGGUCAACUGUAUGGUGUUAUGGUUCAGUCUUCAAGCGGAGAGCUGCUGAACAACAACACAUCCACGGGACGCACAGUCCCGUUAACAGUGACAGCUCUACAGGUGGAGCCCGUCCUGAGCACCUGUAGCCUGCAGGUGAGCUGGCAAGAAGCUCUUGGUGUGUCUGAUGGAUACAUCCUGCAGGUUCUGGAUGAAAGAGGCAGCAUCGUCGCCAACGGCUCACAGCCUAUCAGAUUCACCCGGUACCGAAUAGCUCCAAAACCUCCUUCCUCGUUCCUGUUUGGGGGAGUCACCAACACCUCCCUGGAGGUCACCUGGAGUGGUCCAGUMGGUUCUGACUAUGACGACUUCGACCUGCAGUGGACUCCUAAGGACCAGCUGUCUGUUAUCAACCCGUACCACAGCCAAACAUCAGGCAGCCGCAUCCUAAAAAGGAUGUUCCCAGGACGACUUUACACCUUCAGUCUUCGAACUGUCAGUGGGGCAACGCAGCAAGGUGCCACCUACAGCACUCCCAUCCAAAGGAGUAUUCGAACCAAGCCAGAGCGAGUCCAGAGCCUCCACUGUCGACCACAGAGCUCUACCUCCAUUUCCUGCUCUUGGGGACCUCCACAAGCUGACUAUGAUUCCUACACCAUCGAAUGUCUUCACCAGGACACUCACACCCUGGUCUAUUCACGGCGUACAAGUCGAGAGUCCACCAGUUAUGUCAUCAGCCAGCUUGAGCCCCACAAACGUUACACCAUCUCUGUGAAGGUCAUUUCUGACGGGACAACCAGCGAGGAGGCAGAGGACAGAAUAGUCACCAUGAUYGACCGCCCUCCUCUGCCCCCACUGACUACCCGAGUCAGUGACAAGUCCACUUUGGUCACAAAGUCCUCRAUAUCAUUCCAGUUUAAUUGUAGCUGGUUCAGUGAURUCAAUGGAGCAGUGAGGUUCUUUACUGUGGUUGUGACUGAAUCUGAAGGUGUCAAUGACUUGCAACCAGACCAUAAUCAUCCUCUGCCCUCCUACCUGGACUACMGACACAACAGCUCAGUUAAGUCCUACCAGACCAACUACUUUCCCAGCCUCUGCUCAGAUGGUUUAGACGGMAGCACUCAGAUCUAUAACGUCAGCCUUGGGUCUGGGAUGGACUCUCUAGGGGGUCCAUGUGACAACAGAGACCCGAGUUAUGCAGAGUCUAGCAGAGACCUUAUCUACUUCUGUGAUGGACCUCUGAAGUCGAAGACUUCGUACAGGAUCAGCAUCCGAGCCUUCACUCAGCUGUUUGAUGAAGAAACUACAAACUCCAGAUUAGCUUCUCCUCUCUUCACUGACACCUUCUUAUCUCUGCCCAUCAUCACGGAGACAGAACCUCUGAGCGGUGUCAUUGAAGGCAUCAGUGCCGGACUUUUCCUCAUCCUCAUGAUAGUUGCCAUCACUGCUUUCCUCAUUUGCAGGCACAAGGCUCGCAAAUUGGUGGAGGAGAGACCUGAUGUCCGGAGAUGUAUAAGGAGGGAGAGGUCAGCAGGAGGAGUCCAGAUGGGAGUCAGAGGCAGCAGGAGAAUCUCCAGUCCCAUCAAGAUCCUGCACUUUGAAUCUCACUACAACAAACUGCUGGCCGACUCCAGCUACCUCCUGUCUGAGGAGUACGAGGACCUGAAAGACGUUGGCCGUAAUCAGCCGCUGGACUCUGCUCUGCUGCCUGAGAACCGUGGGAAGAACCGAUACAACAACAUCUUGCCCUAUGACUCAACGAGGGUCAAGCUGUCUUAUGUGGAUGAUGAUCCCUGUUCAGACUACAUCAAUGCCAGCUACAUCCCAGGUAGCAAUUUCCGCCGGGAGUACAUUGCCACGCAGGGACCCCUUCCAGGAACAAAGGAUGACUUCUGGAAGAUGGUGUGGGAGCAGAACGUCCAUAAUGUGGUCAUGGUCACUCAGUGCGUGGAGAAAGGCAGGGUGAAGUGUGAUCACUACUGGCCGUUUGAUCAGGAUCCUCUGUACUACGGAGAUCUCAUAGUUCAGAUGCUGUCAGAGUCGGUUCUUCCAGAGUGGACAAUCCGAGAGUUCAGAAUCUGCAGCGAGCAGCAGCUGAGCUUCGUCCGCCUCGUUCGGCAGUUUCACUACACGGUGUGGCCCGAUCAUGGAGUCCCAGAGAGCACACAGUCGCUCAUACAGUUUGUUCGAACUGUCCGUGACUACGUCAACAGGACUCCUGGUUCUGGUCCCACUGUGGUCCAUUGCAGUGCGGGAGUGGGCCGAACUGGAACCUUCAUUGUCCUGGAUCGGGUGCUGCAGCAGCUGGACACAAAGGACACGGCGGACAUAUACGGCGUCGUCUUUGAUCUGCGCCUCCACCGGUCACACAUGGUGCAGACUGAGGGUCAGUACUUGUACUUGCAUCAGUGCAUUCGGGAUGUCCUCAGAGCCCGGAAGCUGCGCAGUGAACAGGAGAGCCUCGGUCACCCCGUCCUAAGAAUGUGAAUCCCGCCUGGCAGAGAGAGACGCUGUGAUUGUACUGCCUGCGGAUUUACUGUUGAGCUAACAGAAAAAUACAGCCAUUUAUUUUUCUAUCAGUGUUCAUAUUUUAUUCUGCAGAUUUAUGAUAAUUUAUGUAACGUGAACUGGAGUGUGUCUGUGGUUGUACUUUGUGUUUCUGUGUCACAAUGAAGCUGUGGGUGGAAACAGCCUCAGGAGACUGAACAUUUUGAUCAGCUUUGAKCACCAGUGCAGCUGCUAAUCAUUUGUUCAGACAACAGCAGAUUCAGCUCCUCAUUGAACGUGUUUAUACAGAUGAACAGCAGUACCUGUAUGUUACCUGUUCAUCUUCUUCUACCUUAACCUGUAACUGGAGAUCUGCUUAAAGCCAUUACUGUACUUGUAGAGGUUCUGUGGACUGUACCYAAACAUAUUUGUCUGUGAACAGCUCAUUAAACACACAGCACGUGUACAAAUA